CAUAGUAGCCACAUUUUUAUCUUUCGACCGGUUUAUGCUGUGCAAAUGUAGGUACCGGAAUUUGGAGUACAAUAAUUAUUACUGAUUUUCCGUGACCAACCAAAUCUGAUUCCAUCAGCAUGUCGACUAGCAAUCCAAAUUCUCCCUCCCAGCGAAGUCCCUUAGUGGACCGAACGCUCGAUCUCUACCUGACCAAUAGACGCUCCCGCGAGUGCCUUAAGUGGGGAUCGAUUAAUAUAGCACUGCUGUCCAUCCUGUUGUUCGACAUCUCCAACAAGUGUCCAUAUUCCUUCUCCCAGUGGUACUAUUUGGAGUAUGCAGCGGCAGCGAUUCUCACCGGAAGCGUACUGUACUACUUUGGUCGUUACUUCUACUAUCUCUUCAGUAGAGAAGCCCUUAAGGGGACGGAACAGCAACGGAAGUUGCUUAAAUUCGACAACGACGACCAUUCUUUCAUAACGACGACGCCUGCAUCGAAGAAGCCAACCACUGCCAGUGCGACUCCCGCCAAUGUGACUUCGGUGAGUUUACAUUCGUUCAACGAAAGUACAUUGUCUGCGCCGUCUCCGGGCUGGAUUUUCAACCGAGGUAGCCCUAUGCAGCAAGGUACACCACAUGUCGGCACCGUUCAUCAUCAAUCGUUCGAGGGUUCGUUCAAUGCAAGCGCCAAUAAUUCCGGUGCUUUCUCGCCGUCGACCCGGAAGUUGGCCAACAAGAGUGACUUCAUCGUCGACGAGAAAGGAUUACAGAGCUAUUUGAGGGAGAUGUCAUAUGAAGAGAAGAACAACAGUGCCUUCCUGGAGCGGAUGAAUACUUCUGGAAGCAGUUUGAAUUCGUUCUGGAAUAGCUACAAGCUGGACGAUAUGUCAAAUUUGCUGAAAUCUUCUCUGUAUCAGCUUUCACCUUCGGCUCCACCGAGUAAGCAGACCAUGAAGGAACACGAGAGUGGACCGUACAAUCCAAUCGAUGCAGACGUCAGUUCGGAAGUGCUGAAGAAGGUUUCUUCGGUGCAGCUAUCCAACUAUGUCGCUAAACUCAGAAUGUGGAUUUCGAUGACCAUUCUGCAACGAAUCGUUGCGGAAAUUAACAGCAUCGAUCACUCGUUCAAGACUCGGGGUUUCUCCGACAUCCAACUAGGCAGUGUCGGUCUGGAGAGAUUGAAGAAAACGGCAGAAAACCAGCAGCUGGUAACUCUGUAUAUUCCAAAGCUUCCGCUCUUAAUUCCUUUCCUGGAGAUGUCCACCAACCAGGAGUAUUUGGUUCAGCGGAUUAAAGAUCUCUCCAAGAGUAGUUGCAUCGCUGAUUACCGCUGGAACUCUGGGACAUCCUACAAAGGUGUCAGCUGGGACGAACAUCUACCGACGGAUUCAGCCAUCAUCUUCCACCUGUUUUGUACCUACAUCGACAGUCAACUGCGACCGCUACCCCAACCCGGUGGUCGUCCAUUCUACAAUCGGUACGUUGUAAUUUCCGACAAAAAGAGCCCCAAGGAAACGUUGGCCGAGGUGAGCACGAAGAACAAAGCCAAAUGUGCCAUCCUUUGCUCGAAUCCGAUGAAGCCAAAGUUCAACUUCGUUUCGGACGAUAAGAUUCACAAUUGCGCCCAUGAUCGCAACAAUCUGUUCUACGUCAUCAUUCAGUUCCUAAUCUACAUGAAGAAUCACCAGGAGGGAUUGGUCGAGGGAAUCAACCUCGGGAAGAGCGGUAUUAACAUUCUGUGUGUCCUGGAAGACUAGGUUUGAAAACAAAGGUCCAUCUAGCAGUAAGUAUUUGUCCUCACAAUUUCUUUUUUAAGUUAGCAAUUUUGUGAAAUUUAACUAGGUAGUUUUGUAAAAUAAUGUUUUGCUACGAGUUUCAAAAAUCUAA